AUGACGGAUGAAAAUGAGUACGCGAUUGGAAUAGAUUUGGGAACAACACAUACAGUCUUCGCAGUUUAUCGGCGCAAUAACGCGGAGGUCUUGCAAAAUGCAGAGGGAGAUCGACUUAUGAAAAGCUGCGUUAUGUACACAGAAAAGGGCUUGAUUAUUGGAAACAUCGCUUAUGAAAGAAUGCGUUCUAAUCCCGAGGAUGUAAUUCUUCUCGCAAAGCGAUACAUGGGUCGAUCACCGAAAGACGAAGAAGUAGAGAUUGACAACCUCCACUUGCCCUGGCAGCAGCCGAUCGACGAAAACGGCAAGUUGAAAUUUCAAGUGAACGAAAGAGGCAAAAGGCGAAAUUUUUCUCCGGAAGAAAUUGCUUCAGAGAUUCUCCGGAAAGUCAGAUUGGACGCGGAGAAAGCGUUGGGAAUACAAGGAAUUACAAAGGCAGUUAUUUCCGUCCCUGCGUAUUUUAAUGCGAGACGUAUUCGGGCGACAGAAGACGCUGCUAGAAUCGCUGGCUUAGAAGUUCUCCAGAUCGUCCACGAACCCAUCGCAGCAGCGAUCGCAUAUGGACAUAAAAAUAGACUCAGCACUGGAAAUAAGAUUCUCGUUUAUGAUCUCGGCGGCGGAACUUUCGAUGCCACGAUAAUUCAAGUAGAGGAGAAUCAGGGUUUGAAAGUUAUCGCAGUCGACGGGAACUCUCAUCUUGGCGGCGAGAAUUUCAACCACAGAAUCGCAAACAAGCUUAUUCUCGAGUUAAAUCGUCGGGAUAAAGUGAAGCUGGACAUGUCAGACGACAAGUACAAACGGGACAGAUUGUUUCUCCGGGACGUCGUGGAACAUGCGAAAAAAGAGCUCACUGUUCAGCGAGAGACAAAUGUUAGUUUCCAAGUGGGGGAUCAUAUUUAUGACUCCCCACUCUCAAGAGCGAAGUUUGAGAAUUUCUGCGUCGAUUUGUUCAAGGACACCAUCGAUAUUAUCACUCGCAAUCUGGAAGGAGCAAAGAUCAAAAAAGAGGAAAUCGACAGAGUCGUCAUUGUUGGCGGCUCGACACGUAUUCCCAAAAUUCAGGCAAUGUUGAAAGAGUACUUUCCUCAAAAGACAAAAUUUGACUUUUCAAUCAACGUGGAUGAGGCAGUCGCAAUGGGCUGCGCGAUUCUCGCUGCCAAACGAAACGGAAACCAGGCACUUCAAGACUUAACUCUUGUGGACAUCAAUCCAUUCACGUUUGGAGUUAGAGUUGAAGAAGACCAAGGGGCGUUCGUAACAAAGCUGAUCGAAAAAGGAUCGGCCAUCCCGUCUCCCGCCGUCACACAAAAGUUUUUUACUUACAGCCCGGACCAGACCGAGGUCAUUAUACCUAUCUACCAAAUUGAAGACACGCAAGAUCCGGAUAUAAAGAAAGAAGUCAAAAUCCAGCAGAUAACUAUUCAAUGCGAAAAAGGACCCAUCGAACAGCCGAAAGUAGAAGUUUCAUUUGAACUUAAUGCGAGUCGCCUCUUGUCUAGGGUUGCAAAUAAUUUCAGGCACGUUUCAUUUGUUUUUUCCAGAAAUAUUAAAAGCUAA